AUGGCCCGUCUCCAAACCGCCGUGGCUGGCCUGGGCCGCAUGGGCAAACGACAUGCGCUACAUUUUGCCGAACAGACUCCACGCGCACAGCUGGUCGCUGUCAGUUCCCCGGAUGAGUCCGAGCUAGAAUGGGCUCGUCGGCGUCUGGGUCCGUUGGGCGUGACGGUCUACAAGAAUUACGACGACAUGCUCAAGCACGAGGGCUUGCAGGCUGUGGUUGUAGCUUCUGCGACGGCAGUGCAUGCUGAGCAGACUGUGAAGGCGAUCGAGAAGGAUUUGCAUGUUUUGUGCGAGAAGCCGUUGUCGACCAGCAUUGAGAUUUCCCAAUCCGUCCUCGACGCCGCAAACCGCAAACCCCACCUCAAAGUCCUCUGCGGCUUCUCACGGCGCUUCGACGCCUCAUACCGGGACGCCUUUGCCAAAACACAAGCCGGCACAAUCGGCCGGCCGAGCGUCCUCCGCUCGCAGACAUGCGACAAGCUGGACCCGAGCGGGUUCUUUGUUGCCUAUGCGCAGUUCUCCGGCGGCAUAUUUGUGGACUGCUCUAUACAUGACAUCGAUUUGACGCUGUGGUUCUAUGGCAGCGAGGCCAAGGUCAAGUCUGUCUCUGCGGUGGGCAUUACGGCUGUGGAACCGGAUUUGCGACAGUUCAAUGACCGCGACAAUGCAGUGGGACUUGUGGAAUUCCAUGACGGGCGAAUUGCGUACUUCUAUGCUUCGCGCAUGAUGGCCGCGGGCCAGGAGGAUUCCACGGAGAUCAUUGGCACAAAGGGCAAGUUGACGGUGAACACGCAGCCGGCAAUGAAUCUGGUGAAUAUCUAUGAAUCAAGCGGCGUGCGGCGAGAGCUGCCGCAGCACUAUUUCGAUCGCUUCAGGGAGGCGUUUGUCACUGAGGCCAGGGAGUUUACGGAUAGUUGUCUGGAUGAUACGCCGGUGCCAUUGCGGCUGGAGGAUGCGGUUCAGGCGAUUAGGAUUGGGCAUGCGUUGCAGGAAGCCUUGAUCGGGGAGAAGAAAAUUUUUUUUGACCAGACUGGGAAGAGAAUUGAGAAGGCUGCUUUGUAG